UGCAUUUGGCGAUUCCUGUUUUUUUGUUGUUGCGCGGAGUUUCAGGAUCCUCGUGACGUCGGCUGGGCAGCCAACGAGAGGGCAGGUGAAAAAAAGCACUUGGCAGCAGUUCCACCUCCAGGGCCCUGGAGAUUCGCGCCCGCCCACUCGUCCCCCUUGCGCCAAUCCUUUGCUGAGCCUGCGCAACCACCACCGCAACCGCAUUGCUUUUUCCCUUUGUUGCUGCACAGGACGCUCACUGACCUCCCCAGGGCCCGUGGGACCGAUGCGGCCGUUGCUUUUUCCCUCCAUUAUUUUUUUUUCUUUCUCGACCGGGCUGAAGAGGCGUCAUCUGCUUAUUGUUAGAAACACGGUCCCGCACUUCUGCGACGACGACAUGCAUGCUGCGGGCAAAGGGAACGAGGCUUUUUUCCUUAUUUCCCUGCGAGCUGCGCGUGGGGCCUGCACUCAAGACAAAACCUCAGCAUUGUCGUCCGUCUCCACGCUGCCAUGUUGGCAGCCGGCUGGAACCAUGCUCGUCUUCUUUCGCACUCGGCCGGGCCUAGACAGGCUCCACCCUCUCCCGAUCAUGCCGAACUGCUGCACACCAUUUCGCUCGUCUCCGCCGACGCGGGCUCCGGCCUUUGUUUGCGUUUGCUCCACAGCCGCACGGUUGCUAGGGGCCAUGUUUUUCCCUCCUGUGCCCGUUGCAGCUCCCAUCCGAUACUCCACCAUCGACGUCGCCUACCACGUAGGGCUAGUAUGCGGGCCCGGCAUCCUCCGACCAGGGUCGUGCUAGUCCAGAAGAGAAAGGAUGCUCGAGACGGUGUCCAACGUCCCAAAGGCCGUGCUCUACGCGCCCUUGCAGCCAACUGUCUACGGACGGCGGGUGAACGGUACUGUUUGUACGCGCUCUCAUCAACAACAUCUGUACGU